AUCACCAAGCGAUGUUAGUACACGGUGAGAAACGGACCCGUAAUGAAGCUCUCGAUCAGUGUCUUUCUGGCCAGUUGGCUUACGUUGUGCACCAUUGUAACUGGGCAACUGAAACAUCCGAGCGUUUGUACGGAAAAUGGCUGUCUGCUGGGAGCAUCCAUGACGGACACGAACAAUCUCAAGUUUGAUGCAUUUGUGGGAAUACCUUACGCGAAACCACCCGUUGGAAAGCUACGGUUUAAGAAACCUCAACCGAUUGAACCAUGGACGGAAGACUAUAACGCAACGGAAAGCAAGCCGGCCUGUCUACAAAAGUCUUUCCUACUUCCCGAUCAACCUAUCGUGGGAGAUGAGGACUGUCUCUACUUGAACGUGUAUCGUCCAAAGCGCAAUGAAAGUGACUCGCUUCCAGUCAUGGUGUGGAUUCACGGUGGUGGUUACUUCUUCGGUUCUGCCGAUCCUCAGCUGUACGGACCGGAACGUUUGUUGGCCACGAAGAAAGCAAUUCUCGUCACGAUCCAGUAUCGGUUGGGUGUGUUUGGCUUCCUCUCUACCGGUGAUGGCCAGGCAACGGGUAACUACGGAAUGCUCGAUCAAGUGAUGGCACUCAAAUGGGUACAACGAAACAUUGGUUUCUUCGGUGGUGAUGCACAGUCAGUGACACUGUUCGGUGAAAGUGCUGGUGGUGCUUCCGUACAGCUGCACAUGAUCAGUCCACUGAGCAAAGGAUUGUUUCAGCGGGCGAUCAUUAUGAGUGGAAGCGCUCUCGCUGUGUGGAGUUUGCCUAUAGAGGAUCCUCUUACACUCGCACGCAAACAAGCGAAGCUAAUUGGAGUAUCCGAGGCGGAUGAGCUAACAACUGCAGAGUUAGUGGACGUUUUGCAGUAUCUUGAUGCGAAAGUACUUACCGCCAGUAUGCCCCAUCUGAGAAUUUGGUUUGAGCAUCCUAUCGUGAUGUACCGGCCAACGGCUCAAGGUCCUUCUGUACCUCAAGAGGAACGCUUUCUACCUGACGAUCCACGAAAGUUGUGGGAUGAAGGUCGAUAUCAGCAUGUUCCAAUCAUGAUCGGAACGGUACCGAACGAGGGUGCAGUUGUUUCGCUUGCGAUACUACACAACGACACGAUAAGGAGGGAGUUUAAUGAUAAUCUGAAGGAACUUUUAACACCAGUGUUAGCGUUAAAUGCUUCAUCUUUGGUUUUAGAACAGCUUAAAGAGCGGUACUUUCCAGGUGCACCUGAUAAUCGCUGGAUCAAUGAAGAAAAUGAAGAGCAGUUUACACAGAUGAUGUCUGAUGCGUUGAUUGCAUAUCCAACUAUAAAGACACUUCUGCAGUACACCAAUUCCAACGAAACAGAAUGCCGUGAAACAACGCUUUAUUCGUUUGAAUUCGUUGGGCGACAUUCGUUCUCAUCGCUAUAUAUACCUUCGAAUGCAAGUCAUGGCGUUUGCCAUCAGGACGAACUCCCAUAUCUGUUCCGCAUGAUCGAUCUCUUCCCGGACUUCCCACCCGAUUCAGCGGAAACCGAAAUGUCCAACGUGUGGACAAAUUUUCUGGUCAACUUUGCCGUCAAUGGAUGUGUCGAAGCAUACUUGAAUGAUCUUAUAGUGUGUAUUAGUGAUGGGUGCCUGCACGGUACAAUAAUGGAAAAUAAUGUCGGCGUAACGUAUCCGGCAUUUUGGGGAAUUCCUUACGCGAAACCUCCGGUUGGCAAGUUGCGGUUUGCGAACCCACAGCCAAACGACCCAUGGCAUGGUAUGUACGAUGCGUCCCGACCGAAGAAUGCCUGCAUCCAAAAGGUUACACUCGUCCCAACCGCUCCAAUGUUCGGGGAAGAGGAUUGCCUGUAUUUGAAUGUGUUCGUACCGGUGCUUGAGGGAUGCCACGCUUCCCGUUCGCUUCCAGUGUUGGUGUACAUACACGGUGGUGGAUUCCUGUACGGUUCUGCACAACCGGAACAGCGCGAUCCAGGACGUUUCAUGGACUCGCGCAAGGUGAUCGUCGUAACGUUUCAAUAUCGUCUAGGUAUCUUCGGGUUCCUCUCAACCGGCGAUACUGCCGCGCCGGGUAACUUCGGCAUGAAGGAUCAAGUGGCGGUGUUGCGUUGGGUAAAGAAAAAUAUUCGCGCGUUUGGCGGUGAUCCUAACCAGGUGACGAUUUUUGGUGAAAGUGUCGGUGGAUCCAGCACACAGUUUCACCUGCUGAGUCCGCUAAGCCGUGGUCUCUUUCAUCGUGCAAUAAGCAUGAGUGGUAGUGCACUAUCUAGCUGGAGUGUUCCGAUCGAAGACCCUCUCCGAUUAACACGCGCCCAAGCGAAGGUGCUGGGCAUAGGCGAUGCGGACGAACUGUCUACCUUGGAAUUAGUUGAGCAGCUGCGGGAAAUUGAUGCAGAGGAACUGACGACUAGCACCGAACUGUUGAAGCUGUGGGACAUUCAUCCAAUUACAUUGUAUCAUCCCGUUGUGGAACCCGCGGACGAACCGAAACCAUUUUUAGCCGAGGAUCCACGUGCUGCUUGGCGUCGGGGUGCUUACGCGAGUGUUCCUUGGCUGACAGGAAGCAUACCGAACGAUGGGUCGAUCGUCACACAAACGAUCUAUCGUAAUAAGUCGCUAGUGGUGGAUUUGAAUGAGAAAUUUACCAAACUUUUGCCACUCAUAUUGAGAACUCGUAUCACCAAGGAGAAACUGGUACGAUUAAGAAACCGUUUCCUUAAGAACACUCCACCGACAAAGUGGGUCACCAAGCAUAAUUAUGAAGAAAUCACAAAGAUGCUUUCAGAAGCCUGGUUCCUGUAUCCGAUGGUGAAAGGCAUCAAGCAGCAUCUUGCCAAUCGGAAACAUACACCGACCAGCGUCUACUCGUUCCAGUUCUGUGGCCGAUACUCCUUCUCGAAGCUAUUCACCGGCUCAGACAAACCGUACGGUUUAAGUCAUCCGGACGAAAUGAUCUACCUCUUCUAUAUGCCACUGUUCUUUCCCGAAUUUCCCGUACCAUCGCCCGAGGCGGAAAUGGUCCAUCAUUGGGUAAAGUUUAUCAUCGAUUUCGCGACGAACGAUCUGGUCGACACGGAUGGCACGUGUUUCGGUAAAAAGUGUGACGUGAUCACGUUUGCCAACACGAGCAACCCAUACUAUCCGGUGAGCAGAACGAUCACCCAUGGUUUGGACGAGGAGAUGUACGAGUUUUGGAGAGCUUUCUACGAGGAACGUGCAUGA